AUGAAUAACACGUCGUGUCCUGGUGUCAGCUUUGACUUUACAGGCAAAUUCCUGCCUCCUGUUUUGAUCUUAGUAUUCAUCGUUGGCCUGGUUGCUAAUGGAUGGGGAUUGAAGUCUCUGCUGCAGAAAUGGAAGAAACCAAAAAUCAUCAAUGUGUUUCUUCUCAACCUUGGACUUGCAGAUAUUUUGUAUCUGCUCACGCUUCCUUUCUUGGUGGUCUACUACAUGGGGAGGAAAUGGAUCUUUGGAGCCACGUUCUGCAAGAUAACGAGAUUCUGCUUCAACCUGAAUUUAUAUGGCACCAUUGGAUUCCUCACUUGUAUAAGUGUGUACAGGUACCUGGCUGUUGUUCAUCCAAUAAAAAUGUUGGGAAGAACGACUGUCACUCAUUCUGUGACAAUCUCUGUGCUGGUCUGGCUGUUGGUGGGUGUUCAAAGUCUUCCAGACAUGUUCUACACCAAGACAUCUGGAAACUACGGUGAGAAAUGCUACGAGACCACCCAUUGGAUGUUCGUUGAGGACUAUCUGAAAUACAGCCUUGGAUGGACACUGACUGGGUUUUGUAUCCCGUUCCUCAUCACACUGGGCUGCUAUGGGCACAUGGCUGUAUUUUUAUGGACAAUGAAAAGCGGUGCAAAGGUACAGAAACAGCGAUGUUUAAAGUUGUUGUUCAUUUUGAUCCUCCUCUUCUGCGUCUGUUACAUCCCCUAUCAUUUAUUCAAGAACCUAAAUCUCUGGUCAAGAAUUCUGACUAAACACAACAUAUGCCAUGGAUGGUCAGAUGGCGUUUACAUCGCUCACCAGAUAAGUCGGGGCCUUGUGUGUCUGAACAGUGCUCUCAACCCUCUGGUUUACCUCCAUGGGAAUAAAGAUAUUCCUGCUCAGCUCAGACGGCUGCUGCAGCGAGCUCGGCACGCUGUCAUGUGUGUGUCCAUCGCCCCUCCUCGAGUUCCCAGGGUGUAA